AUGCUGCGCAACUUGCUACCGAGUCUGUGGGCUCUUUUCUUGUUGGCCGCUGUGGCCCAGGCCCAGUUCCAAUUCUUCGAGCACAUGUUUGGCGGCAACCAGCAACAACAAGCCCAGCAUCAGGGCUCUCAGAAUGUCCCCAGCGAUAGCAGUCGGUACCAGAAAAUGUGGGCUCAAUCGCAAUGCAGCAACUACCUUUGCCCUGGAACUCUCGCAUGCGUCUCCUUCCCCCACCACUGUCCAUGCGCGCACCCUGAUGUCGAAGAAAAGGUUGAGCUAGGAGAAGGAAGCGCGAUCUGCGUGUCCAAGGGAGGAUUCAAGGCUGGUGAGGCGGCCCGAAAGAUCGAGCUAGCUCGCAAGGGCCUUCUGUGA